AACUCAUGAUCCAUCACUACUACAAUAACCAUCAAGGCCAUUACCAUCAUAAGCAUACACCAUGUCUUCUACUAUCAACAAGAACAAACCUUUUCUAUUCCCACAAGGUAAUUCCACUGUCCUCCCUGACCCCUCCAAAUUCUUCUCUCCAAAUCUGCUAUCCACACCCCUGCCUACAAACUCUUUCUUCCAAAACUUUGUUCUCAACAAUGGUGAUGCACCUGAAUACUUUCAUCCUUACCUCAUCAAAUCAUCAAACUCAUCACUUUCUGUCUCAUACCCUACUCGCUCUUCGAAUUCUGCUGUCAUAUCCCAAGUUUUCCACAAUGAUCUCACCAUAACUUCUAAUCAACAGAAUACCAAACAAAGUUCUAAUGGAAAACACAUAAUCUCUUCUUAUAGUGAUCUCGGUGUUACCUUAGAUAUCCCUUCUUCAAAUCUCAGUUUCUUUCUUGUUAGAGGAAGUCCUUAUUUGACUUUUUCUGUAACAAAACCAACCCCUCUUUCCAUUUCCACCAUUCAUGCCAUUACUUCUUUCUCUUCAAAUAGCGCCCUUACCAGGAUCAAGUUUCAACUUAACAAUGGUCAAACAUGGAUACUAUAUGCUUCCUCGCCAAUCAAGUUGAGUCAUUUUACUUCUCAGAUAACUUCUGACACCUUUUCCGGUAUAAUUCGGAUUGCUUUGCUACCGGGUUCUGAUUCGAAAAACGAAGCUGUUCUUGACAGAUUUAGUUCUUGUCACCCUUUAGCAGGUAAUGCUAAACUCAGAGAACCAUUUUGUGUUGAGUAUAAGUUUGAGAAGAAUGUUUCAGGUGAUUUGUUAUUAUUAGCACACCCUCUUCAUCUUCAACUUCUGUCAAAAAGUGAGAGUGAUGUAACUGUUCUUGAUGAUUUCAAGUAUACAAGCAUUGAUGGUGACCUUGUUGGUGUUGUUGGUGAUUCAUGGAUUUUGAAAACAGAACCUGUUUCCAUGACUUGGCACUCAAGCAAAGGUGUAAAAGACGAAUCACGCAAUGAAAUUGUUUCAUCACUUUCUAAAGAUGUUGAAGGUUUAAACUCAUCUGCAACAAAACAAACAAAAUCGUCUUAUUUUUAUGGAAAAUUAAUUGCAAGAGCAGCUAGGCUUGCAUUGAUAGCUGAAGAGGUUUUCUUCUUUGAUGCUAUUGAAAAAGUAAGAAACUUUUUGAAGGAAACCAUUGAGCCUUGGCUUGAUGGAACUUUUAAUGGAAAUGGAUUUCUAUAUGAUAAAAAAUGGGGAGGACUUAUUACUCAACAAGGGUCUAAUGAUGGUGGUGGUGAUUUCGGUUUCGGAAUUUACAAUGAUCAUCACUUUCACUUAGGAUAUUUUCUUUACGCAAUAGCAGUGCUUGUAAAGAUCGAUCCAACAUGGGGUAGGAAAUAUAAGGCUCAAGCCUAUUCACUUGUGGAAGAUUUUAUGAACUUAAGCAUAGAAUCGAACUCAAAUUAUACGCGUUUAAGGUGUUUCGAUCUUUACAAGUUGCAUUCGUGGGCCGGAGGGCUAACCGAGUUUUCAGAUGGAAGGAAUCAAGAGAGUACUAGUGAAGCUGUGAAUGCAUACUAUGCUGCAGCAUUGAUGGGAAUAGCAUAUGGUGAUUCUCAACUUGUGUCCAUUGGAUCAACACUAACAUCAUUGGAAAUUCUUGGAACCAAAAUGUGGUGGCAUGUUAAGAAGAAUGGGAAAUUGUAUGAAGAAGAGUUUACAAAAGAGAAUAGAAUAGUGGGAGUUUUGUGGAAUAAUAAAAGAGAUAGUGGACUUUGGUUUGCUCCACCUGAAUGGAGAGAAGCUAGGACAGGAAUUCAGCUUAUACCAUUGGCUCCUAUUUCUGAAGAUUUGUUUUCUGAUGUUGAUUAUGUUAAAGAUCUUGUUGAGUGGACAUUGCCUGCUUUGAAUAGGGAAGGUGGUGUUGGAGAAGGAUGGAAGGGAUUCUUAUAUUCAUUGGAAGGAAUUUAUGAUAAUGAAAGUGCAUUGAAGAAGAUAAGAAGCUUGAAUGGUUUUGAUGGUGGAAACUCUUUGACUAAUCUUUUGUGGUGGAUUCAUAGCAGAGGUUAAGGUGGUGAUGAUGAGUAGAAAAGAUUUGGUUCUACUUACCAUUUUGGUUAUCAUAAUUUCAUUUCAUGUAUUGUAUCUUACUUUUUGUUGUUUCAAUUGUUAAGUGCUUGUAUGCAAGAAUGUUUGGAUGAUAUGGUUCUGGUUUGUACGGUCUAUUUUAUUUUUACGCGACUCGAAAAAUUAAUUUUUCGGUUGCGAGCGGAGGAUACACGAUUUCAAAACAAAUAAAUAAAUUGUCUUUUUUUUUUAGGGGGAAUAAAUAAAUUGGUGCCUACUUGUAAUAAUUCAUGGUAUGAUUAAAUAAAAGUUGUGUACCUUUCAUUCAUUUUUGGUACAUGAACA